GGACAAAGGGAGGCACAUAAUUUCAAAUAUUUCAAAACCAUAUACAAAUGAACCAAAAAACCUUUGAAACAAUAAUUCAUUUGUUCUCUUCUUCUUCUACUUUGUGAUCUCUCUAAAUUUCAUUUUCUUUAACACAAUGCCAAUAUCAACAAUUGAUCAUCAAUAUUCAACAUUCAAAGAUCCAAAAAACAACACUCAUUCUACCCCUAAUCAUCAAUUUUCCAACACAAAUGACUCAAAUGUAUCAAAAAACAAGAAGAAAUUUAUGUCUAUGAGCUUUGGAGGGCUAGGAUGUAAGGGAAAAUUGAACUCACUGGUUGCGUCGGCGCCGGAAGUUAUUAGAUCAGCAGCACAAUGGGAGAGUAGUAGUAAGCAAAUGAGGAAAAAUAGAAGGAAAAAGAUGACAACAUUGACAACAAAUACUAGGAAUUCAACUAAUGUUGUUUGUUGUGCUCCUCCUGGUAUUGGUUCUGCUUUUGAUGUUGCUCCUAGGCCAAAAACAAGAUCAAAUAACAAAGAGCACUCUCGUAUUGCGAGGAGAACGUCUACGAAUGGUGAAGCAAUUUCUAGGUCUCAUACGUCUAAUACAAGACAUCAUUGCCCUCGUUCUCAUCAUCGUCCUCAUAUUAUGAUACUCAGACACAACUUGCAAUAUGCUAGAGAUAUAGAAGGGGAUGAUCAAUAUGGAUCUUGGAGACUAGAUGUAGAUGAUAUGUCAUACGAGCAAUUGGUUGAACUAAGUGAUAAAAUUGGGUAUGUGGGAACAGGUUUAGAAGAAGAGAAGAUAGUUGAAUAUAUAAGAAAAUUUAAGCUCUCAACAAUUGACUCAUAUUCAAUGCUAAUAUCUACUGAUAAAAGUUGGAGAUGUACCAUUUGCCAAGAAGGAUACAAAGUUGAUGAUGAAAUUGGAAAACUAGAAUGUGGACACUACCAUCACAUUGAGUGCAUAAAGAAAUGGCUUAUGCAUAAAAAUGCAUGUCCUAUUUGCAAAAUUGCAGCAAUCUAUGAAAAUUAAUUCUUGACAAAAAAUUCUUUCACUUUUCUCUAUUUUAUAUUAUAUAGUCAAGAACAUUAAAUUUCAGAGGCAUAAAUUGAUUUUUGGUUUUAAUUUUUCCUAUUUUUGGUUUGUUAGGAGUGAGAUUGAAUGAUGUUUCUCUACUUCAA